AAGCCAAACCCCCAAGCCACAUUUUUCUCUUGCAUCUCAAUUCCGACCCAUUGCUUACCAGUCCCACCACGCUCAGAAAACAUCCCCCCUUCCUCCCUCGGAUAAACCAUUCACCUGGAGAAUGCAACAACCGGAGCCUCCCAGGAAGUACCAACUCUUCCCCAAGGAGAGGAAGCUUCCUGUGCUCAAUUCCAACAACAAAGCCCCCGAUGUUGAGAAGCCAUUGCCCGUCCCGGGCGGCCAAGCCAACGACAAGGCCGAGAAGCAGUCGACGGGAAGCGGUUUGAAGAAGAGGCUUAACCAGCACAGCAUCGUCCGGCGACGAAAAGUCAGCGUCCCUGAACUGGGGCCCAUGACUACGGUCCAGGAAGUCUCUAUGGACUCUCCCACAAUCCCUGGACGACCACCUCUUCAUGAGCGGUCAAUCAGUGCCCCAGGUCACACCUCGAGAAAGCAUAACCUUGCGGAAAACUUUCUCAACAUUGAGAGCGACGAUGACGCACCUGAAAUCCUCUCUCCUGUGGCAGAGUCACUUCAUUCAAAGGGUUCCGGCCCCCUCUCACCGAGGCAGCUUACACCUCUUGUGAUCCCCAAGUCGGAUUUCAUCGCCUCCAGACUCCGGAGACAGCAAUCACUCAACCACUUUCCCUCCCGAGUCGAUACUCAUAGACAAGGUCGCAUGGAGGAGUCGCCAAGAAGCCGCACCCCUUUGACAACGCCAAGCUCGUCGCUGCCCGAUCUCACAUCGCCAAAGUCGGCUUCAACUACUGCGCCGUCAACCGCCACGAUUGCCACACCGGUCUCCGCACCCAUUUUUGAAUCUCGAACAUCCUCUCCAAAGCCCUGGGAUGGCCGCAGCACGCCUCCCACUCAAACCGAAUUGCCUAGACCAGAGCAAGGCCACAGGAGGGGUGGGUCGGAAUCGUCUGGAAUCAUGGAUCGGGGACGGCCAAGGAAGAGGUCUGAUAUUCGCCCGAACAAUGGCCCGAUUAUUCAGAGGACGGAGCCAAAGAGAAGCCAGAGCUCGGAACAAAGCUCGCGGACUGCAUUCGAGAAGCUUCCCCAAGGAGUCGUCCUGUCGGAGGCUGUCGACAAACUGGAGCCUAACGAGCUCGUCAUGCUCCAGAAGCAAGCAGUUGCUCAGGCUGAGGGAUUCGAGAUCCUCAAGCCGGCAGAUUUCGAGCUGCUCUCCAGGGAACUUCGCCACCUCGAUGAGAGGACAGAGUACCUCCGCCGGACUUACAACUCACUCCGUAUUGGGCGGCGCAAUCUUCACUCGCGCAUCUGCCAGUAUCUGCGCUCACCCCGCGUCGUCAAGUUCAGCCACGAGUCCAUGCUUCGUCAGGAAGAGGCCCUGGCCGAGCUAGACGCCUCCAUUGACGACUGGGUCAACAAGCUCGAGAAGGCUGAGAGCCGCAGGAUGCUUAUUCGCCAAAAGUUGCUCGAGCACGUUGCCGCAGCUGCCUCCCUUUGCAUUGGCGGGAUGCCCACUUCUCCCCAGUCCUCCCAGCAGACGAUCAGCAUGACACCCCCGAAUGGCCUUGGGAACAUCUCCACACCCCCUAGGAGCCCUUCUAAGCAGUCUUUUACCCCAACUCGCGCGCAAAGCAAGUCUCCAUCGCCUCAGCGAUCUGGCAAAGUGCCCAGCACCAUCAUUGAGCAGCCUCUUGUUGAGGAGGCAGCGGCUGUGAUUGCUGAGGAGCGAGCUUCCUGUGCCUCGAGUUUGAAGCGUGAGGAUGUUGAAAGCAUUCGCAUCUACGCUGGUGACGAUGUCUAUGCCCUGCUGGCAGAUGUCGAAAACGAAAUCACCAAGAUGAGCAACAAUGUAAACGACCCUCCAAACCCGAACCCCAACACUUUGCUUCCCGAGAAGACCCAUAUUGCCCUCCACCGCCAGAGGAGCCACGAGAUGUUGAAUGGUUUCUCAGAGGCCGAUGUAACGGCUUCCAGAGCGGAGUCUACCCCUGUCAAAUCUCCUUCUCCCCUAACGCCGGCGGCGCACAAGAAGAACGUGCCCAGUGGAGACUCCCUCUCCAUCCUGGCCAACACCGUUUACAAGCCGUGAACUUAGUUUCGCGCAACUGGUACGAUUAUCGUCUAUCUUUUGGAUAUUGUCUGCUGUCAUUUUGCACGACUUUACGGCCAACCUACAACAACAAUCAUUUGAUACCCGACCGACAUUCCUUUUAAAGCGAGCAUUCUACUCCGCAACAUUUGCAGCAUUAUCAUUCCCUUACUAUCUCUACAGAGUCAUAAUCAUACAACGACUAUCACGGCUGUUACAGCAUUUCAAUAUUUUCAUAGCUCUCCAACCUUCCUUUCUUCCCCGGGCUUUUUAUGAUGGCUCUUUACAAGACCUUGCCAAGCAGGUUUGACGCUGGACAGUCUAUUGGUUUUUUUUUAAUGUUACUCCAGGGCAUGGAAGUGUAUCUUUUUUAUGUAUAAUUUUACUCAGCUAGCAUUAUAAUGCUCAUAUUUUCAAUUUCUGUUCACAUUUUCUUAUACUUUGGACACAGUGCCGCC